AUGGAUAUCCAGCAUCUCCAGGGUCUUCUGGCAGAUGCCAAGGCUUCAAUUGAUCUUUAUGAGUCGACUCAAACCGACAACUUUCGAGUUGAAGCCCAGGAAAAGGCCACGCAGCUGGCGCGUGCGUUGGAACGACCCAAAGAUGCAAUCCUCAAGCUGUCCUUUUCUCCCGUCAUUCUCAUGGCUGUCAAGACAGCUGAUGAUAUGAAUGUAUUCUCCGUAUUGGCUCAGGCCACGGCCCCGGUUCCCCUGGGCAAAUUGGCUGCAGCAAAGCCGGCAGACCCUCUUCUAGUCGAGCGCAUUAUGCGAGUUCUAGUCGCCAAUGGCUUUGUUGAUGAGCCGGCUCCCAGCGAAUACCUCCCCACCGCGCUAUCUCGAGAAAUGACCAAUCGCACAUCAGUUGGCGUUGUGGGAUCACUCUUCCACGAAUUCCUGCCCUCAAUUCAAAAAGUUCCUGAAUAUCUCCAAUCGACCAACUAUCGCAACCCAGAUGAUCCCAUGUUCGCCCCUCUUCAAUACACCCACGAUCUCAAAGUAGAUGGAUUUACAUGGCUCUGUCAGAACCCGGAAGCUUUGACUCGAUUCAAUAGCUUCAUGGAAGGACAGCGUGCUGACCGUCCACACUGGGCCGACUGGUUCCCUGUUCGGAAACAGCUUCUCGAUCACCCAGACAUGACUCCCGAGACACCACUUUUGGUAGACCUUGGCGCUGGUCGUGGCCACGACUUGAUUGGAUUUAGGAAGAGGUUCCCGGAUGUCUCGGGUAGACUGGUAUUGGAGGAUCUUUCUUGUGUGAUUGACGAAGUGCAUUGCGCGCAGGACCUUGAGGCGGCGUCUAUUGACACCGUCGCGCAUGACUUUUUCGCUGAGACUCAACCGAUUCACGGGGCACGCGCGUACUAUUUCAAGAACGUGUUGCAUGACUGGUCGGACGAGAAAGCGACAAUCAUCUUUAACAACCUAAAGCCAGCUAUGAAGCGGGGUUUCUCCAAGGUUAUCAUGGAGGAGUAUAUUCUUCCUGAUCAGAAUGCUCGCUUACUUCCUUGCAUGACAGAUAUCGCUGUGAUGGUUUUCUGCUCGGGAUUGGAGAGAACCCGUCAGCGCUGGAGUAAUCUGCUAACAUCUGUUGGUUUGCGAGUCAUCAAAUUCUGGGUGCGUGAAGGCGACGGCUUGGGAAUCAUUGAAGCCGAAUUGGCAGAGAGCUCAUGA